GCUCCCACGGGGGCGGGGAAGGAAGAUGGCGGCCCCCAGCAGCCGGUGAAGAGAGAGGAGGACACGGGGAUCCCGGGGAGCGGCCGGACUCUUGCGUUAUGGCCGCAUCCCCGCACUCUCUUUCCUCACGCCUCCUGACAGGUUGGGUAGGAGGAUGUGUCUGGUAUCUAGAAAGAAGAGCUAUGCAGGAAUCCCCUCACACAUUUGUGCAUCUUUUCAGGAAUGUCAAUAAGCAGUGGAUUACAUUUCAGCACUUGUCCUUCCUCAGGCGCAUGUAUGUCACACAACUGAACAGAAGCCUCAACCAGCAAGUAAAACGGAAGCCAGAACCUGUGGCAUCUCCUUUCCUUGAGAAAACAUCUUUGGGUCAAGCCAAAGCAGAAAUCUGUGAAAUGAGACCUCUUCCACCCCCCAGCCUACCGUUAUCCAGAAAGCCAAAUGAAAAAGAAUUGCUCGAACUGGAAUCGGCAUCCAUAAUUGAAGGCUCGCUAGAUGCAGGGAAAGAGGCGAAGGAUGAAAAGCGCUGGAAAGAGAUGAAGUUGCAGCUGGAUGAUUUGCCAGGAAUUUUGGCGCGGCUGUCCAAAAUCAAACUCACAGGAUUAUCAUCUCCUUCUGGUCAUCCUCUAACCGUUAUCUGGACCUCAGAAUCAUCAUCCUUUACAGCUCUGGUCGUCAGCACCACUUCGGCUGGAUUUGCACUGGCCCCAGGACCUUUUGACUGGCCCUGCUUUCUGCUUACUUCUCUGGGCACAGGCCUUGCAUCCUGUGCCGCCAACUCCAUCAAUCAGUUUUUUGAGGUGCCGUUUGAUUCAAAUAUGAAUAGGACAAAGAACAGACCUCUCGUUCGUGGACAAAUCAGAAACACUUCUGAAAAUGACUGGACCAGCCGCAGAGUGGGAAAAAAUAUUUGCAAAGCGUGGAGCUCAUGA